CCCGGCCCGGGAUUGGCCCCAUGUGACGGGGCGGGAGGACGCGGGAGAUGGACGGAGGGCGGCGGGAUGGAGCCGGGAGCGGGGAGAAGAGGGGGUCGGAGCUGGAGCCGGCGGCGGCGAAGAGGAGUUUUCUGCCUGCCAUGGAGAGCCAAGGAACCACCAUCCUCCACGAGACAGUCAGCUAUGCCCCCCACCCCCUGCCAGCAAGGCAGUUUGAUCGGAACACCACGGAGCCGGUCAGCUUCUACCUGUCCAGCCUGGAGGAGCUGCUGGCAUGGAAACCCACCAGCGAUGAUGACUUCAACGUUGCCACGAUGCCACUGGCUAACCGGGAACCUCCGCUCCACAGCAAAAGACCCCGCACGCUGGUGUGCCACGACAUGAAGAAUGGGUACCUAGAGGACAGGUUCAUCCAGGGCUCGGCUUCGCGGGACCCCUACGUGUUCUACCACUGGCAGCACAUCGACAUCUUCGUGUACUUCAGCCACCACCUUGUGACCAUCCCCCCCGUCACCUGGGCCAACGCCGCCCACAGGAACGGCGUCUCUGUGCUGGGGACGUUCAUCACGGAGUGGACGAGUGGGGGCCAGCUGUGUGAGGCGUUCCUGGUUGGGGAGGCAGCUGCGUACCACGCUGUGGCUGUGCAACUGGGCCGCAUCGCCCAUUUCUACCGCUUUGACGGCUGGCUGGUCAACAUCGAGAACACCCUGAGCGAGGCAGCCGCACGGAACCUGCCCCUCUUCCUGCGUGACCUGCGGGAGCAGCUGCGUCGGGACGUGCCCGACGGGCUGGUGCUCUGGUACGACAGUGUCUUGCAGAGCGGGGAGCUGCAGUGGCAGAACGAGCUGAAUGAGAAGAACAGGGUGUUUUUUGACGCCUGCGAUGGCUUAUUCACGAACUACAACUGGAAGGAGGAGCACCUGGAGCGCAUGGGGGCGCAGGCCGGGGAGCGCCUGGCUGACGUCUACGUGGGCAUCGACGUCUUUGCCCGCGGGGAGGUCGUAGGCGGUGGCUUUGAGACAGACAAGGCUCUGCACCUGAUCCGCAAGCACGGCUUUUCAGCUGCCAUCUUCGCCCCCGGCUGGGUCUAUGAGCACCUGGGCAAGGAGAACUUCCUGCACAAUGAGAACAGGUUCUGGGGUUUGCUGGCGGAGCUGCUGCCCACUCACAGCAUCAGCACUCUGCCCUUCAGCACCUGCUUCUGCCUGGGCAUGGGGACGGGGAGAUUCUGGGCUGGGCAGGAGGAAGUAGCCAGGCCCUGGUACAAUCUGAGUGCCCAGGAGAUCCAGCCCCUCUUCACAGACCAGCAAGCGCCGGGAGGGGCAGGCAGCUGGCUGCGCACACGCUGCUCCCUGCAGGAUGCCUGGAACGGGGGCAGCUGCCUGCUGAUCGAGGGGAUCAUCCCCCCUGAGGCAGGCCACGUGGCUGUUCGCCUUUUCUCUUUCCAGCUGCCAGCGCCCCCCAAGCUCUUCCUGUCUUUGCUGUACAAACUGGAGGAGAAGCUGCCUGAGGUGGCAGUUGCGCUGGAACUCACCACACGGGACUCUGGCUCCUGCCAUGUUGGCAAUGUCACUGCCUUGCCGGGGCUGGUCACCCGACAUCAGCCUCAGCCCCUCCACACCCUGCCCCCUCACCUCUCUGGGCUGCUCAGCGGCUGUGGACGGCAGAGCACGGCAGGUUGGAUGAGGCGGUGCUACAAACUGGAGCUGCGGGACUGCGCCCUGCACGAGCUGUCGCUGAUCCUGUCACGCCACCAGCCAGGCCUGCAAGAAAGGCGCUUCUCCUGCCGCCUUGGGGAGAUCCAGGUGCUGGAUGCUGACAGCCUGCACUCUUCGCUGCCCCCAGUGCCCAGCCUCCAGGCCUCCCAGGUGCUGUGGCACAAGGGCCCUGGCACAGACCAGCUCUCCCUCAGCUUCACCUUGCACUGGUCCUACCCCCACAGCCAAGCCCGCUGCUUCCGGAUCCACUGCCAGGGCCGGGAGCUGCCCCAGUCAGCGCAGCUGCAGCUCCUCGGGGUGGCACACGCCACCCUCUACCGGGUGGUGGGCUUGGCAGUGCCAGAGCCACCCCCCAAGGAGUCCUGCCAUGUGGAGUUCUUCGUGGAGCCGGUUCUGAACGAAGGGGUUGCCGUGGAUCGGUCCAGGUGGGGGCGGCUGGUUCUGGUCUAUUCCGACCCAGCCAGCACCAGCACCUAUUAAAUGUGACCUUUGGCACAGUGCCAGGGAUUUCACCGUCUAGCUGGGCAUUCUUGGGGGAGUGCAGGGCUGGCCUGGGGGGCUGCGGGCAGGAUGGAAGGGCAGCGGCAGAGCUGGGGAGUGCUCUGGACAGGAAUAGCAGAGAUCAUGGGUAGCCCCGACCAUGCCAGGACCCUGGCUUCUCUCCAAUCUUGUCCCAUUGGAAUGGCUCCUGGCCAGUUGCUGGCAUCUUCUGCCCCGCAUAGCCUGGGGUGGCAGCAGAGUCCCACGCUAGCCGCUGGGGAGCCCAGGGAACGAGCUGCUGUGCAGCGGGGUGGGGCGCUGGGCGGGGCACUGUCCUGCACAGCUGCACUCCCCUCCUGCUCCAUUAACACUGACUGCUCCUGGCACCUGCUGCUCAACUGUAGAGACCCCUCUGUGGCCUGGCCCUGUGCUGCAGCCUUUCACACCAGGCCUGGGGCUCUCGCUGCACAGCGGAGAGCGGGUGCUCGUCCCGUGUGGGGGAGGAGGAGGGAGACUGCCCCUCGGCUGCUCAGGUGGCUACUAGGGCACGGCUCUGCAUGUAGAAAACACAUAGCAGCCAGGGCUGCUGCCCCACCUUCCUGCUCCUUUGCACCCCCGGGCCUGGUGCGUGUCCAGCGAGUCCUGGAAGAGCUCAGAGCCAGAAGUGGCUCUGGGUCCCUCAGCCCCCAAAGGCCCAGGCAGCCCCACUCUUCAGUUCUCUGCGCUGCUGGCGGCUGGACUCCAAGAAGGCCAGGGCCGAGCCUGCCGGGCAGGGCCCGCCCACAACAUUUUGGCACUUGAGGUGGGGAGCUCAUGCCCCCUCACUUGGGCCAAAACUUUGAAAGAUCUCAAUUCUGCCUUCUUCCUGUUCUACCCCUCUCAUGGUACUGCUCUGCUACCUACCCCAAUAAAGGAGAACUCACAACUUAAAAUGCCUUGUUCCAAAAUUUGAAGUAACACUUAACUUUCAAACGCCUGAACAGCAAAUGUAACUUUUCUUGUCUGCAUAGUAAACACUGGCAUUUGUAUCUGUUUGAGUAAUCAGAGUGCUGCUUUCCAUGCCUUCUUGGGUGCAAAGAUGUGAACUGCUUCCUACUGAAGGUCCACAGUCUGGGCCAGCUCAUGCUGUAUUGAGACGGUUGCAAGGCCGACCAGCUUCUCCCGUGUCAUUGUGGAGCGUAGAUGUGUUUUUAUUAACUUCAGCUUGGAGAAGCUGCGUUCUCCACUGGCAACUGUUCCAGGAAGUGUUAGAAGUAUGUGCAGAGCAACAAAAGCAUUUGGAAAGAGGGUGGUCAUCUUAUUUGUGCACAUAUAUUCCAGAACAGCCUUUGGAGUUGAUCCUGCUGAAAUGUAUCUUGAAAGGGCUUUCAGUUCACCACGUAAAUCACUCGCAUCAAUAUCGUGCAUGUCAUCAUGUGUCAACACUGUCUCUAGUGCCCUGCAUUGCUGGUGUAGGUCUUCUUCAGGUACAGAGAGGAGUUUUGGAAUAUCAUACAACAUCUCAAAUAUACUGCUGUGUUCCUUGAGCCGCAUGAAACGUUCUUCAACUGACUGUAUUGUACACUCUAGCACCUGGUUAAAGAAUUCAACUUUGAA